AUGAACUCCUCUAGUAAUAGCGUUUAUAUGGUCUAUUCAAAGAUACCAGAAAAUUUGAAUCCCACAACAAAGAAAAUUGGUACUCAUAGUGGAUCCUUUCAUUGCGAUGAAUCUCUUGCUAUCGGUUUGUUGAGUUUGUUACAAGAAUACAAAGAUGGAGUUGUGAUUAGAACAAGAGAUGAGAAAAUUUUAGCUGAAUGUGAUAUUAUUGUUGAUGUUGGAGCAGUUUAUGAUCCUUCAAGACACAGAUAUGAUCAUCAUCAAGCUAGUUUUAAGGAUACUUUGAAUUUGGAUAAAUUUACCAAAAUUAGAUUGUCCAGUGCUGGACUCAUUUACAAACAUUUUGGAAGACAAAUUUUGGAAGAAUUAAUUGGUGAUAAAGCAACAGACGAGCAGAAAGAUGAUAUUUAUUUGAGAGUUUAUGGAAAUUUCAUUGAACAUGUUGAUGCCAAUGACAAUGGUAUUGAAAUUUCAGACGGAGAGUUGAAAUAUAAAAUCACAACAGCUCUUCCAAAUCGUGUGGGUCGGCUUAAUCCCAAAUGGAAUGCACCAAGUGAUGAAAAUAUUGGGUUCAGAAAAGCGAUUGAACUCACACGUAAUGAAUUUCUUGAAAGUUUGGACUUUUAUGUCAAUGAUUGGCUUCCAGCUUAUACCAUUGUUGAAAAAGCAUUCCUCGCAAGAGAAUCUGUAGAUCCAUCUGGUGAGAUUAUUGUGGUUGAUCAAUUUUGUCCAUGGAAAGAGCAUUUAUUCGUUUUGGAAGAAAAAUACAAUGCCAAAGGUCUCAUCAAAUAUGCCCUCUUCCAAGAUGUGAAAGGAGAUUGGAGAGUUCAAGCAGUGCCGGUGGAACCAGGAUCUUUUUCAUCGAGAAUUCCUCUUCAUAAAGAUUGGAGAGGUAUUCGAGAUGCUGAAUUGAGUGAAAAAUCAGCAAUUCCUGAUUGUAUCUUUGUGCAUGCUUCUGGCUUUAUUGGAGGAGCCAAAAGUUUUGAGAGUGCUUUGAAAAUGGCUCAACUCUCACUAAGAGCAUCGACUCAAGUAGAGGAGCCAGAACAGAAAAAGACAAAACAAGAUUAA